AUGCUGAAAAAAUUACUCGAUCUACAAAUUACUGGUGAUUUUUAUGAGGAAUUUGUUAAAGCAUCAGCAACUGGUGAUCGAAAACGAAUAGAAAAAUUAUUAAAACGACCUAAUAUUGAUAUCAAUGGCAGUUUUGCUGGUCAUACAGCUUUACAAGCAGCAGCUCAAAAUGGACAUAUACAAAUUAUUCGCUUACUUAUUCAACACAAUGCUAGUUUAGAAAUUGAGGAUAAAGAUGGUGAUCGAGCUAUUCAUCAUGCAGCAUUUGGUAAUGAAGCUGAAGUAUUAGAAUUACUUGCGCAAGCUGGUGCUGAUUUAAAUGCUAGAAAUAAACGACGGCAAACAGCUCUACAUAUUGGGGUUUGUAAAGGUCAUGUAGAUGUAUGUAGAAUACUUUUAUCAAAUGGUGCUCAUCCUGGAAUACAAGAUUCUGAUGGUGAUACACCGUUACAUGACGCUAUAUCGAAACGACAUGACGAUUUAGUUAACAUUUUACUUGAACACAAUGCUGAUAUUUCUACAUGUAAUAACAAUGGUUUUAAUUCAAUUCAGUAUUCUGCUUUACGAGGCAAUUCUUCUGCAAUGGAACUUAUUCUUUCAAAAAUUCAAAAUCGUCAAUGGCUUGUUGAUGAGAAAAAAGAUGAUGGUUUUACAGCCUUACAUUUAUCAGCACUAAAUGAUCAUUAUCUUAUUAUUGAAUUACUUUUAACUAAAGGAAAUGCAUCUAUUAAUGCCCAGACUAAUAAUUUACAAACUGCUCUUCAUUUAGCUGUCAGUCGACAACAUUUACAAAUUGUUAAUUUAUUAUGUAGUAAAAAUGCUAAUAUCAAUCUAGUUGAUAAAGAUGGUGAUACAUGUUUACAUGAAGCGUUAAGACAUCAUACAUUCUCACAAUUACAAAAUGUAGAAAAACAUGGAAAAACAAUGAAUUUAUUUAAGAAUACAAAUGAUUAUGAUAAACAACCAAGUGCAGCUAUUGCUUGUACAUUAGUCACUUAUGGUGCAGAUUUAUCUGUAAGAAAUAAGCAAAAUCAAAUACCAUUUGAUCUUUGUCCUGAUUCACAUUUAUGUCGAAUUUUAAAACAAAAACAUAGAGAAUAUAGACAAGAACAUGAUAAAAAUCAAUCAUUAUUACAAACGAGUAGUUCAAUUGAAUGUCUUAUUUGUUCAGAUAAUAAACGAGAUAUAUUAUUUCAGCCAUGUUCACAUAUUGUUACAUGUCAUUCAUGUGCUAAUCGAGUUAAAAAAUGUUUAUUAUGUAAAGAAAGUAUUCAAACAAGAAUAAAAAUUGAACAAUGUAAAUUAUGUUCACAUCGUCAAGCGUCAGUUAUGUAUAAACCAUGUGGACAUUUAAUUGCUUGUGAUGAAUGUUCUAGUUUAAUGAAAAAGUGUUUAAUAUGUCGAGUACCAAUUGAUUCAAUAGUAUCAUUUCAAGAACUUUGUUCAGAAAAUAAUACUAAUGUUCCAGUAAAAUCUGAAAUAGUGACAACACCUACGGAUAAUGUAGAUGAUACAACAACUGUCGCUCGUUUACAACAACAAUUAGAUGAAAUUCGCGAACAAGUUCAUUGUCCAAUAUGUAUGGAUCGAUUAAAAAAUAUGGUUUUUUUAUGUGGUCAUGGUCUAUGUCAAAGUUGUGGUGAUCGUGUACAAGAAUGUCCAAUAUGUCGAAAACAAAUUGAAAAAUCAAUUAUUUUGUAUACAUAA